CAGAAUCGAAGAAGAUACGGAUGGUAUGUUUGAGUCGCACGAGGAGAUGUUGUUCGAAUCAACGGGAUAGACUAUGCGAACGAUCGGGCAGACAUGGUCGAUAUCGUCGGCCCGUUGCAUUCUUUCAAUUACGUUGAAGUCGCCGAUCAAGUCAUUUUCUUCUGGGGAGGCCCAGAGGGCGCACAGUAUCAGUUUAAGCGGGUUAAACAAGAUCCUACCGUUAGUGAUGCCCUUCAAAAUCGGUCAGACACCACUGGAACCAAUACCACCAUCACCUUUGAAGACCACACUGCACCAGCACAAUCUUCAGGGACGCCGACUCGACCACAAGAACCAGAACGGCUUAAGGAUCAGCCGCCACCGUCAGAUAUAGUUCCGCCGGGCGAAUCUCCUUGUGAUUUCUAUCGAGCCCAGCUCGGACUGGUGAAGCGUCGUCUAUCUGUAAAGAUUUUCAAGGAUGGCAAAGAGCCUCAGUGGAGCAAACCUGAAACUUUCAUGAGAGACGAUGAGGUUCUGCUUUCAAUUGCCUCAUUAGUACUACAGCUGGCUAGAAAUAUGGACAUUCGAUCCGGUUUCAACGCCAUUAAUUCUCACACCUCUGGUAUUCUGAAUGAUGUCAACGUCGUUCGCCCCCCACCCCCAGAGGGAGUCGAGAUCCGGCGAGCACUAAGGCCUGGAAGACCUAUGCUAGUGCCCGUUUUCCUGGACCAGCAUAUUGUUCUAGUCGUCAUUCAGAUGGGUGCAGACAGAUCAAUAACCGCCCAUGUUCUGGACUCCAGAAGGCAUCACUACAAGGCGAACAUGCGAAUGACAAUAUACAACCGCGUCUGUAAUCUUAUUGAAUGGACUCGGUGGCACAUUGCUCCAUCUGCUGGCUCUGAGCCAGCGCCCGAACUGCCUAAGGAAAUAGCUGGGGCUGUGGCUACCAUACAGUAUGCAAUGCUUGGGCCAUUGCCCUUGGACUGGGGAUCAAUGAAGCCUUCCAAGGAAUAGAAGAGCUUUACAAAGAUGCUCGAGAGCUCUUCAUCCUUGCGACUGGUGGGAACGCGAACUACCGUCUCAUCUAUGGCUUUCUGAGAUGCUACGAAUUUGUAACCGCAACUUCAAACAUCCCAGCGAACCGUCAAAUCCAGGAUAAUACCGUCUCUAUCG